CGCUGCCGUAAGUGCAGCCGGCGGUUUGCCGCAUCACGGAAGAUGGCGGCGGCGGCGCUGAACGGGGCGGCGGGCGUCUCGAGCUCGGGGCCGGCGGCGGCCUCGGGCGCCGUCUUGCAGGCCGCGGCCGGCAUGUACGAGCAGCUCAAGGGCGAGUGGAACCGUAAGAGCCCCAAUCUCAGCAAGUGCGGCGAAGAGCUGGGCCGGCUCAAGCUGGUUCUCCUGGAACUCAACUUCCUGCCAACCACUGGGACCAAACUGACCAAGCAACAACUCAUUCUGGCCCGUGACAUAUUGGAGAUUGGAGCCCAGUGGAGCAUCCUCCGCAAGGACAUCCCUUCCUUCGAGCGCUACAUGGCCCAGCUCAAAUGCUACUACUUUGAUUACAAGGAGCAGCUCCCUGAAUCAGCCUACAUGCAUCAGCUCUUGGGCCUCAACCUUCUCUUCCUGCUGUCCCAGAACCGGGUGGCUGAAUUCCACACCGAGCUGGAGCGGCUGCCUGCCAAGGACAUCCAGACCAAUGUGUACAUCAAACAUCCUGUAUCCCUCGAGCAGUACCUGAUGGAGGGCAGUUACAACAAAGUCUUCCUGGCCAAAGGCAACAUCCCGGCCGAGAGCUACACCUUCUUCAUCGACAUCCUGCUUGAUACCAUCAGGGAUGAGAUUGCUGGGUGCAUAGAGAAGGCCUAUGAGAAAAUCCUCUUCACCGAAGCCACGCGGAUCCUCUUCUUCACCACCCCCAAAAAGAUGACUGACUACGCCAAGAAGCGCGGGUGGGUCCUGGGCCUCAACAACUAUUACAGCUUUGCCAGCCAGCAGCAGAAGCCAGAAGACACCACCAUCCCCUCCACAGAACUGGCCAAGCAGGUCAUAGAGUACGCGAGGCAGCUGGAGAUGAUCGUCUGAGCCUGCUGGCCGGGACUGGGCCAGGCCAGCGCUGAGGUUCCGGGCAAGGCUUCCUCCAAUAAAUGGAUUGACAUUCUCUCAGGCCCAUGUCUCCCCCAAGAACACGAGGAGACAGGUUCUUAACUGAAGUGAAAUUUGGGGGCCCCGGGUGGGAGGGUCAGCCUCUGUCCAGUGGUCUUUCUCAAGACCUCAGACACAGCUACCCACGGCCAAGGCACCUAUUGACACUGACCUUUGGGGCAUAAAGGGCCCGGGAGGAGGGACUGUGGGGCCCGCUGCGGGCCUGCAGGAAGGCCAGGCCAAGGCACCUUUUCUUUUUCUGUUAAGCAAAGUGAGUGGAUGGAGUUGCUGAUCCCAAAAAGAUGUUUUUAGUGAUUGAAACAAAUGAUUAAAACUUGUGAAAUGGAA